GAAAGAAAUCACCAUCACCUGUCCAUGUUCGCAGUAACCAAAUCAAUAUUCCCUGUAGCCCUAGUGCGCCGCUCCUGCAAUGCGAGGCUCAUCAGCGACAACACCUUCUCUCGCCCAUCUCCUCCACAGCUUCCUCGAGACAUGCAGCUAGAAUUCGAGGAGCUCCAAAAACAAUCCGAAAACCUUCCAAACCCUGCAUUGUCAACCGCUCCUUCCCCGCCAACCAAUGUAAAAACCGAAGGAGAUAUCAACGUCAAUCCGGUAACUGGUGAACAGGGAGGGCCAAAGACUGAACCGGUUGGACGAUGGGGAGGGGAGAGCGAAGGAGAUUGGAGUUUCAAAGGGAGAGUGUCAGAUUUCUAGUGCGAUAUCUUGGGAUUGUUACAUCUAUACCUCUUGAGCGUAUGAGGGUCAACUCUAACACCCCUACUCCGCUUUAUCUACGCUGUGCUCAAGGUUUUACACAGUUGUAUUGCUAUUACAGACUCCAGCUUCUGAAUAUCAUAGAGUUGCAACACAAAUCGAAGAGUAUACAAUGUUACAAUACUCCAAGCUACUCCCCUCCACUCCCGCGGAACCACUCUAAGCUUCAUGUAACCGGAAACGGAUUAGUAGAAUCGAUAUCUUGACUAUGUUGUAAUCCUUUUCUCCCCUUGAGAUUGUUAAGCGGAAGGAACGUUCCCGAUCCUAGCAUUAUUGUAAUUUUCCAAAAACCACUUGACUGAUUCAUUCAACG